AUGGCUCACGAGGAGUCUACCCCCAGCGGCACCAGUUACGAAACACCGGCCACGAGGUUGCAGCACCUCUCGCUGUCGAGCCAAACCAUUCACGCGGAUGACUACCUCAAUAUGUACAAGGACGUGGCACCAGCAAUGCACGUCUCGACCACCUUUCGAUAUAGUAGGAACCCAGACGAGCUGAAACAGUGGAACAACGAGAACCCGGUUAACCCCUACAACUCCCACAUCUAUUCCCGUGACAGCGCGCCGAACAGCACUCGCCUCGAAGCAAUUCUGACCUCGAUCCUUCAUGGGCCGUCCCUGACCUACAGCUCCGGCCUGUCGGCCUUCCACGCCAUGCUCGUGCAUCUGAACCCGAAGCGCAUCGCCAUCGGCGGUGGCUACCACGGCUGCCACGGCGUGAUAAAAUUGCUGUCCAAACUCACGGGCUUGCAAAUGGUCGAUCUCGAUUGUCCCGACUCGGAGUUGGGCAAGGGCGAUGUACUACAUGUCGAGACACCCCUGAACCCCACAGGCGAGGCGCGGAACCUGGAGUUUUACAGGAAGAAGGCGGACCGGACAGGCGCCUGGCUGACGAUUGAUGCUACGUUUGCGCCACCGCCGUUGCUAGAUCCGUUCUUGUGGGGAGCGGACGUGGUGAUGCACUCUGGCACGAAGUAUUUUGGUGGCCACAGCGACAUGCUGUGCGGUGUUUUGGCCAUGGCCCCGAAACAUAGUGCGUGGAUUGAAGAGCUGAGGGAUGAAAGACUUGUGCUUGGUAGUGUGCUGGGAAGUUUGGAAGGAUGGCUGGGCGUCAGAAGUCUAAGGACGCUUGAGAUACGUGUGAAGAAGCAGAGCCAUGACGCGGAGAAACUGGUCCAAUGGUUGACGUCUGAACUGCAGAAGGACGGAAGCCUGGUCAGCAAGCUGGUCAAGGAAGUCAACCACGCAAGCCUGCAAAAGCAAGACUUGGAGGGCGAGAAUGCUUGGCUGAAGCAGCAGAUGCCGAACGGAUUUGGACCCGUGUUUUCUUUCCUGUUCAAAGAGGGAAGCCUCGCGAAGAGACUGCCGAGUAAACUACACUUGUUUCAACACGCCACGAGUUUAGGCGGUGUAGAGAGUUUGAUAGAGUGGAGAGCUAUGUCGGACAAGAGUUGUGACAAACGCUUGUUGAGAGUAAGUGUUGGCAUAGAAGGAUGGGAAGAUCUGCGGGACGACUUGGUGCAAGGCUUCGAAGCUCUGAGCAAGGAGAGUACGGCGUAG